AUGAAUUAACAAUAAGAAAUAAGUGCUAAAGAAAAUAGUGCAGAUUUUUCAACAACGUAAUAAGAAUGUAGAAAUGGUAAUGCUGCAGAGCAUUAACUAUCAAAAAAAGAACAAUUUUUACUUAAGUGUACUAAACAUUAAGACAUUAUGAUCUACAAAAAGAGGUAUUAAAUUGGUGAUAGUGUAUUAAUCAAGACAACUAAUCAAAUAGAAUAGAUUGGAUUGAUUUAAAAUUUUUAUAGUUAUCAACAAGAUGAUAAAACAAUAGUUCCUUUAGUUGAAGUUUAAUGGUAAAUCUAAAUUGUUUCAUUUCAGGUAUUGUACUUAUUAAGAUCUUGCAGACUCAAUAGAUAAAGACUCAUUUUCAGAAUGUGAGUUAUUUUUAACUGAUUAAACUACUAUUCUAUUUAUUGAUUGCAUCUAGGCAAAAUGUUUUGUUAUGAAUAUAGAUGAAUUUGAAAAUACUGGAACAUCAAAUGCUUAUUUUACUAGAGCAAAAUAUAAUACUUUGACUAAACAAUUAGAACCUCCAAUUUCUUAAUGGAAAAAGGUUUGUAUUUGUGAAUAGCCUUAAAAUCCUGUAAAUUAUUUAUUUAAUUUUUAGGAUUUAUUAUAUAUCUAAUGUGAUCAAUGUAAUAAAUGGUUUCAUUUAUCAUGCAUGGGAUUAACAUAAGAAUAAGCAAAUUAAAUGGAACAAUAUAGUUGCAAAAUUUGUAAAAAAUGAG